AUGGACUACAUGCCUGGAAAGCCACUGGAAGAAGUUUGGGACACUCUCAACCCUGACCAGAGACAGCACAUCGCCGAACAACUCCGUGGCUACGAUUCUCAGCUGCGCAACCUCAAGGGCAAUUACAUCGGCGCCGUUGACUGCGGCACCGUCUCCAUGGACAAAUGGCCAUUUAUCCAAGGAGAACGAUUUAAUACAGAAUGA